GGAUGUCACAUUUGCCCCUGAAUGAAAGCACCUGGACAAUGAACGGCAAGGUGGAGCAAUUGCUAAGUAAGGCGAGAGGCUUGUCCGUGGAAGAGAGAGCUGACGGGGAGGAGCCGCCCUCUGCUCUGGACACUGAGGCGGUACCUUUGGUCUCACGGGAGCCUCCUUUCUGUGUAGGCCACGAUGAGAAGACUUCCCAGCCAGAAGUCUCUGAUUCCUUGCUGCUGUUUCUGAACCGGAAAGGGUAUGAGGCCACCUUCCAAAGCCUGUAUGACCUUUCGUUUUCCUUUCUCAAGACUCUGUUUUGUGGCUAUGCCAGUGAGGAAGACCUGACCGAUUACUUAGGCUUGGUGAGGGAAGCCGCAAAACGAGCCCGCCUGCUGUGGGCCUUGGCACGGCUGUGCUGUCUCUUGGGGAGGAUGAGUGUCCGGAAGCUCAAGCUGUCUCAAGCACGAGUUUAUUUUGAAGAAGCCUUGGCGACCUUACAAGGAGACUUUGGAGACCUCUGCCUUGUCACCACUCUCUAUGCAAACCUGGCCGGGAUCUACCUGAGGCAGAGGAACAGAGAGAAAUGUGCCAGCCUCCUCGACAAGGCUGCCGCUUUGCUCAUGGGGGUUCCCAACUACAUCAGCAGCACGGCCAUGGAGUCAGCGGUUCUGAAGCACGCUCUAAAGAGAGCCGUCCUCAGCCACAGCAGGCGUGCAGAAGCCAGAGCCUGCUCCCUGCUAGCAAAGCACUAUUUGAACUUUAAGCAAGGGGAAGAAGCACUGCCCUUCCUGGAACGGCUGCAGCUUCUGAACGAAGAAGUGGGCUUCCAAGACAGCUCCUCGUUAGCAGACGGCUGUUUUCUGCUUGGCCAGCUCUAUGGGCGGAAGUGUUUGCCUCACCUGGUGCUCAGCUGCGCCCAGAAGGCCUCCUCUUGCAGCUCAGGUACUUUGCCCGAGUCUUUCAGAAGCAUCGGCCUCGUAGUUAAAAAUGGCCCCCAGGCUGUGGGGCAGGCACCCCCCGCCCAGAUUGCUCCUUAUCUCAGGCAGAUGCUCCCCUUGCUGGACAGCAGCAGCAGCGCGCAUGGGAAACUGCACGGAGCUGUCUGCGGCACCCUUUCUGUGCUCUGCAGCCGUCACAAGCAGUACAGGAAAGCCAUUGAUUACAUGGAGCAGGGCCUGGAUAGAAAUGUGCAGGCAGGCACCAAAGAAAUCAUUAACCACUUGGCUUUUCUCAGUUGGCUGUACAUUCUCAACAGGCAAAACAUGGUUGCUGUGGAUAUUUUGAAUGCCAUAAUUGAGUCUUCCCAGAGCAGCCAUCAGCAGUUGGGUGUUGCACAUAACAUGCUGGCCAUUGCCUUGGAACGGCUGCAUGACACCAAGCGAGCGGCGGAAAGCUACUAUAAAGCCCUGCGCAUUUCACAGGAGACCGGCAUGAUGCAGAAUCAGGCAGUCGCUUUGGCCAACUUGGGGGUCCUUUGUUGGCAUUCCUCGGCCAGAAGUCUUGGGGAACGCUUCUUGUUGAGAGCAGUCAAGGUGUUCUCUGGACUGCCCAGUGUCGACUGGGGCAUAGAUUUUAUAGAAAUCCUCCUCCGGCUGGGGGGCUGCUAUGCCAAUGGUGCGUGUAAAGAAGCAGCCAGGUGUUGUUACGAAUGGGCAUUCUUGGUGGCCCUGGAAACAGACCAUUUGGAAG